CGACCAGAGUGUCGGGAGGCUGUGUCUCUUUCUUUUCCCCGUCCUCAGCUUCCCGUUUUUAAAAUGUCAAUACGUCUGUUUCAUCGGUUUCUCUCACCUCUAUAGAAAAUAAUCCGACAUGGCUGAUCUGAAAGGUGCUGACAUUGUCGAUGGCUCCCACGGCGCGUCCGUGAGCUCGCACUCGGACCAUGUAGCUGAGGAAUCCUUCCAACCCUAUGUCGACGAGAAAAAGCUACUCUGGAAGACGGACUUACACGUCGUACCUAUACUGUUCAUUGUAUACCUCGCGGCGUUUCUCGAUCGCGUCAAUAUAUCCAAUGCCCUCACCAUGGGAUUGCCCGCAGAGCUCGGUCUCGAGGGCCAGCAGUCGAACAUCGCACUCUGCAUAUUCUUUGUGCCAUAUAUUAUAUUCGAAAUCCCAUCCAACAUCCUAAUGAAGAAACUGAACCCUCACAUCUACCUUCCGGCCUGUAUCUUAUGUUUUGGGAUCAUAAUGCUGGGUCAGGGCUUCGUUCAGAGCUACAGUGGAUUGCUCGCUACUAGAUUCUUCCUAGGACUCGCCGAGUCCGGGAUUUUCCCAGGUAGUUUCUACUUAAUUAGUUUCUGGUACAAGAAAGAGGAGGCUCAGAAGAGAUUCACUAUCUAUUGGUCUAGUACUAUUCUCUCUGGGGCAUUUGGGGGCUUACUGGCUUCCGCGAUAGGAUGCAUGAAUGGUAUCCGAGGCCUCAGCAACUGGAGAUGGGUUUUCAUACUGGAGGGUAUUGCGACGAUAUUGAUUGGUAUCUUAGCGUUCUUUUGCAUCACGGACUUCCCACGAGAAGCGAAGUGGUUGUCUCCCGAGGAGAGGACGUUCAUACUAAAUAAGACGAAAACUAAUGAAUCUCGGGUAAUCCCCGUCACCGCGAAGGACGUUUUCGCUUUCCUCAGAACGCCCAAGGCUUGGCUCGGCGCAAUCAUGUACUUCUCGGUCUUGGUUACCUCAUAUUCGCUUUCGUACUUCACGCCAACUAUUAUCCAAACACUCGGCUACAGCACAAUUGAGACUCAACUGCAUUCUGUCCCACCUUUCGCAUCGGCUUUUGGGCUCGCUAUCGUCUUAGCCUACCUCUCCGACAAAGUUCGGAUGCGUUCGCCAUUCAUCUUCUUCGGUCUCGCACUGUUGAUCACCGGGCUCUCCAUCCUAAUCACUACACACGGGUCAUCGCAUUUCUCAGCUGAAUACGCGGGAAUCUGUCUGACAGCCAUGGGCUCUUUCGGCAUUGGUGGGAUGAUCAUCUGCUGGUACGUGAUGAACCUUCAGGGCCAUGUGGAGAGGAGCAUCGGAACGGCUUGGAUGAUAGGCUUCGGAAAUUGCGGAGGCAUUGUCGCAACGUUCCUGUUCGUCAAGAAAGACGCGCCCUACUACCAUACAGGCUAUACUGUCUGUCUUUCCAUGGGUUGUCUCUGCGUAGCCGCGUGUGCUGGCUACGCUUUGCAUAUUUGGCAGCGGAAGAAAGCCGUAGCUGGGAUUGAAAAGGAGGGAAAUGAAAUGGACCAUGUAUUGUACUUAUGAAAAUUCACAGAAAGAAAGGUUACCAAGGUAACCAAUCCUUAAAUAACUUGGUAGGUAAUGCUGGCAUGGCUUACUAAUGCAUUAUAUUUCGUCGAUGUCAAAUUAAGCUUCAAAGGAUUUAUACCCAGAUAAGAUUCCCGUCACUUCUGAGUGUAUAAAAGGGGUAAAGACUGAUAGGGGUAGGUACAGGUACCUGUGAAAAUUACGAUUAAUACCACAACUAUUAUUCAUUUCGCCAUUUUCAACCUUGAGGUUUUACCCAUCUAUAGAGAUUUUCUUGCUUUAUGUGAACGAAGAUAUCUACCUACUCUUCUCAGCUCAAUU